UCUUCGUCGCACUCUCAUUCCUGAUUCUUCUUCUUUUACAGUCUCUCUCUCUCUCUCUCUCUCUCUCUCUCUCUCUCUCUCUUCCCGAGCUUCAAAGCGGUGAUGUUCCUAUGUUUACAUCAUAAACCAUCAAUUGGGUAUUGCAAAACUUAGGCUAAAGUGAAGAACUUUAGUCUGCUGCUGUUACUGUUCUUUUGUCGGCAUGAGAGGAACCUUUCUGAUUAGAUCAAGGCUAUUGAUUUUUAGGGCUCCUGCUGGUAAUUGUUUAAGAUCUAGUCAUGUCUUGCUUAAUCCUAGCGAUACAUGUAUCGCUCGACCGCAUUUGUAUCCUCCACCCAUAGCUUGUAUGCUUUCUUUGAGUCUCUGUUCUAUGUUCUCUACUUCCAAAGUUGAUUCAGAGCAAGUAGGAUUUAAUCAGAAUGAUGAAAGUGAAGAAGAGACCGACCUCGAUCUUGGUUGUAUAAUAAGUGAUGAUGUUAAAGUGAUUGUGAAGCUGUUGAAAGAUUGUGGGAGUGACAGGAAGGAACUGAGGAACAAGCUUGAGGAAUGUGAUGUGAAGCCUUCGAAUGAAUCAGUGGUGGAGGUUCUUUCUCAAGUUCGUAAUGAUUGGGAAACUGCUUUUACUUUCUUUGUUUGGGCAGGGAAGCAACAAGGUUAUGUUCGUUCUGUUCGUGAGUAUCACUCUAUGAUCUCUAUUCUUGGUAAAAUGAGGAAGUUUGAUACAGCUUGGACAUUGAUUGAUGAGAUGAGAAAGCUUACUCCUUCUCUUGUUAACUCACAGACGCUUUUGAUCAUGAUUAGGAAGUAUUGUGCUGUACAUGAUGUUGGUAAAGCCAUUAACACUUUCCACGCCUACAAAAGGUUUAAACUUUAUAUGGGGAUUGAUGAUUUUCAGAGUUUGCUUUCUGCUCUUUGUAGAUACAAGAACGUUUCAGAUGCUGAGCAUUUGAUCUUCUGUAAUAAGAAUACGUAUCCGUUUGACGUUAAAAGCUUCAACAUUGUUCUGAAUGGAUGGUGUAACGUGAUUGGUAGCCCACGGGAGUCUGAACGAGUCUGGUUGGAGAUGGGAAAUGUUGGAGUUAAACACGAUGUCGUGUCUUAUUCGUGCAUGAUAUCUUGCUACUCGAAAGGUGGAAGCUUGAAUAAGGUUCUCAGACUGUUCGAUCGGAUGAAGAAAGAGGGUAUUGAGCGAGACAGAAAAGUUUACAACGCUGUGGUUCACUCUCUUGCCAAAGCUAGGUUUGUCUCCGAGGCUAGGAGUUUGAUGAAGAAAAUGGAAGAGGAGAAUGGGAUGGAGCCAAAUGUUGUUACUUACAACUCUCUCAUCAAACCUCUUUGCAAGGCUAGAAAAACCGAAGAGGCUAAACAGGUUUUUGAUGAGAUGUUGGAGAAAGGACUCUUGCCAACAAUCCGCACGUACCAUGCUUUUAUGCGGAUUCUAAGAACAGGAGAAGAGGUUUUUGAGCUGUUAGCUAAGAUGAGAAAGAUGGGUUGUGAACCAACUGUGGAUACGUACAUAAUGUUGAUCCGUAAGUUAUGUCGGUGGCGAGAUUUCGAUAGUGUGUUAUUGUUGUGGGAUGAGAUGAAGGAGAAAGGGGUUGGUCCGGACCUUAGCUCAUACAUUGUGAUGAUACAUGGACUGUUCUUGAAUGGUAAAAUAGAAGAAGCGUAUGGGUUCUAUAAAGAGAUGAAGGAAAAGGGUAUGAGACCAAAUGAACAUGUUGAAGAUAUGAUUCAAAGCUGGUUUUCAGGAAAACAGUAUGCGGAGCAGCGGGUAACAGAUUCGAAAGGGAAUGUAUCGGUUCUUGAUAAAGAAGAUAUUGUGAAAAAAUCUGAAAGAGAAGAGAACUUUCUAAAGCAGCCUGAGGUGAGAAGGGUUGUGAGAGGACAUGGAUAUUCGUAUUGGGAUGAAUAGAAAGCUAUAGAGAGAGAAAUCUUGAAGCAGCAGUUAAGAGUCAAGAAGAAUCAUAGGUAGGAACCAUCUUGAAGAGCUUUGACCAGAUUAGCUAGUUCUGGUAUGUUUUAUCAUAACAGGUUGAUUUUGCUUUAAGGAGAACCAUCUUGCUUUUGACAAAGUUAGCUAGUUCUGGUUAGGUUUGAUCAUAACAGGUUAAUUUUGCUUUGCGAAGAGACAUAGUUAGUGUUCCAUGAGGAAUUAAUUCUGAAGAGAGGAGAUUAAAGUGUUUAAAAUUGUAUUUAUAUUUUUGAAGAAGAAGAAUCUCUCCUUUGAAUCUGUUUAUGUAGAUACAAACCAAGACCGUAACAAUGUAUGUGGCUAGAAUAUUUACAACCA